UUGAAAGGAUCUUAAAGAUUACUUUAAUUGUAAAUGACCACAGUUUAGUAAGAAAAUAAAUAAAUGUAGUUGAACUGAUAGUGGUUUUGUUUUGAAAAAUCUUCAGUAAACCAACUCUCAUCUUAUUGGACCUUAGUCUAGUUGUGUAUUUUUAACAACCCCUCCCACCUCAGUUAGUACGAAUGUGACCUACGGACGGACUGUUUAUUGACUUAAUUACUUUGACAAAAAUGUUCACUUUACUGCUACUACUUUUCGCUUAUUGUAUAAACGAAGCGGACUUACAUUCACCGAGGAUGAUGUUCAAAUACAAAGACGCUCCAGUUAAAAGGUUUCCAUUGCGUGAACAAAAUUUGCCAGUUCAGAUUCUCUUGGGAAAAUGGCCGGCUGAUGUUACAUCUGUUGAAAAGACCAACCUGACUUUCUACAACUUUAAUGACACUGGGGAGGAUCCUAAAGACAUGAAGAUCCAGUGGAAGGAUUACAAUGACUGGAAAAUUGCAAUGGUUCAUCAGAGGGAAGAAGGAAAGCCGCUGUUUGUUUGUAUGACCAAAGGCAGGACGACAAAUUGCUGUGACCUGGAUUCAUCAGGGUCACUCACAUGUGAUAAAAUCGACUAUUUUAAUAACAUUAAGGAAAACGAAAAAUCUGCUCUUGAUGAAACUGAUGCAAAAAAAGAUCUCUAUCUUACAUCCUCUGGAGCUCACGAGAAUGUUGGCAUCCACAAGUUUGGAAGUAAAAGAGUGAGACCAGCCAAUCCUGAGAAUGAGCAGUACUAUUUGGGAUUGGUUCUGAGCAAAAGAGAAGACGAGCCACUGCAGAACAAAGUUUAUUCUUUCUAUAAGCAGAAAAACAAAGACAUAAGCCCAGGCACUAACAUGUGGCUCCCCUUUGUCAGCCAAGUUUGCAUGGCUGAUAUGGGGGGUCCGAAGAACAAGCUGCAGUUUAGUUGGACGUCUCUGAUGAAUGCAAGGCUCUAUUGUGGUAACCCUGACAACAAACAACAUUUCUCUGAGCUGGUCGAUGUGGCUACUGUAAAUUCAGACCAUUGGCAGGACACCAGAGUUUAUGCACUGUUCAGAAAUGAAUGGGGCAUGAGUGCUGUGUGCAUCUACACAAUAGGAGACAUUGAAAAAGUUUUCAGAGAAUCUCCCUUUAUUGAUUCAGACCAGAACGAUGAGGACAGGAAAAAGUGUGUUUCUGACAGCACCAAGAUUAAUACUGAAAUCCUGAGGAGAGUCGAAAAGGUUUCGGAGAUGAAGGAGUGGGUGAAGCCCAAGUUGGCCCCAGUUCUCUUCAACCAUCACAACUACACCCGAAUCUUUGUUGAUGCUUCCCCAGGAAAUCAACACACAGUUAUGUUUCUCUCUCUAAGUAACGGUGCUAUUCACAAGGCAUUACAAAUGGAAAGUCAUUCGUUCAUCAUCGCUGAGUAUCAACCUUUUAACUACUCAGCCCACAUCUUCAACCUCAUCCUUAACCCCUCCACUAAAAAGCUGUACGUGAACUCACAAACUGAGCUGGUCCAAAUUGAUGUGGAAAACUGUGGCCAGUAUGGAAACAACUGUCAGGAGUGUGUUCUGUCCAGAGAUCCAUACUGUGGCUGGAAAAAUAAACAAUGCACCUCUGAGACCAGUGGUGCACUUCAUGAUGUGGUCCACAGGAACCGCAGCAUUUGCUUAAAAGACCAAGCAUCAUCACUUCCACGCAUAGCUAAAGGCACCGUAAGACACGUCGACAACUCAGUGAAAAGGAUCACAGUUCCCUCUGACUCCAGUUACUUCCUACGAUGUCCAGUGUCAUCCCAUCAUGCCCAGUAUACUUGGAAAACUCCUGAGGGCUCCAGUUCUUGUAACCUUCAGGAACUGAAAGACGACCAGUGUCUUCUGCUGAUCGACAGCAUGACUCUCAAUCAUCAGGGAGUGUAUAAAUGUGAGUCUGAGGAAAUGGGCUAUCAAAAAGUCCUGGCAGAGUAUGAGCUGAGACUUUCAUCUGCAGGCCGGACAUUUGGUCCAACUCUCUGGAUCUUUGUUGCGGUUGUCUUCAAAAGUGUCUGGUUUUAGUUUUGAGCCUUUAAGUAAAUAUAUUAAUAGCAGCAAAUUAAACCUUGAACAAGACCCAGCAGAGCUUGAGGUCGGUGUCAAAGUGAAAAUAUUCGCCAAAGUGAAAAUAUUUUGGCAAAAAAGAAGAAAAAUAGUCAUGGUGAAAGAAUGUAAAACAGACUCAAAGGUCACUUUAGCAGCAGCAGUGUUCUCAUGUUUAGAUGUUCCUUUACAUUAUUUACUAGAGCACAUUUAUUUCAAGAUGGACAUUAUUGAUGUAACAGUGCUAAAAUGUGCUUAGCAGUUGUUCUAACCUGUCAAAGGUUAGUUACUUCCUUUUACAGCUCCUGUUAUAGGACGUCCUUUUCUAAACUUUCUGAAAUAAGAAGUCUAUACUUCCUUUUUUGGUACAAAAAAGGAAGUAUGCUACAUCCAUUUGCCACAAAGGCAGUCUGAAAUGUUGACAUUUUUUUUUAUUAAUUUACAUUUACCUGCAACCUAACAUCACCAAUGUGUCUUAGUUUCCUUUUGAUGGCAGACAUGAUAAACUCUGAUUGGGGUGAUUAUGAGACAGAAGUGUAAACUUGCAUUAUGAAUUAAGACAAAUUUAGUGACAUGCUACAGCAGCAGAACCAGGCAGGUGCAGAGAGGCCCAACGUUAUAGUUCUCCCGAGUAAAUCUGAUGAGGAUCCAGUCAUUUGGCUACAAGGAACUGCCCAACACACACUUCCUAUUCCUCACACAACUGCACAAGAAUUAGAGUGAGUGUGGUUCCACAGACCUAGCUGCAUGUUAGGCCUAACAUGCACUUACACGUACAGCUGCUAGAUUCAGCUGUAUGUGUCUGUAGUCUGUAGUUCAGUCAUACUGAGCUGCUCGUUUACAUAUUUUGUUAGUAGGAAAAUGUAAAUUGCUUUGCAAAUCUACUCCUAGCCAUAAGGAAUUUUGAAAUUGUGCCAAAUGGAAAUGUUGAAGAGAUAUUAAUAUUUUUGCAAAGUGUGGUUAUUUCAGUUGGUGGGUUUUUUAAAUAUAUUAUGCUAUUUUUUGGAAUAAGACAUAUUUACAGUCUGAGUGCUGCCAUCAAGAGAUGAUGCUUUUGUCUGUACGAGAGAUAUGAUACAGAACUUUGGGCAGACAUGCAAGCAGCUUAUCUUUCAUCAGUCAUGUAAACAAGGUCUGGUUUCUUUUUUGCAUCAUUGGCGCCUGGCACAAAACAAGAUGUUUAUUGUUUAAAGAAGUAGAACAAGCUUGAGUAGUUGGAAAUAUGGUUGCAUCAAUGUACCAAUUCAAUAUAGAAAAAUAUUGCUGAAUUGAUUUACACCAAUAGCUUCAUGAGCGUAGUCAAAAAUGCAAAACCAACGCAACUUUCAUUAGUUCAGCCAGUGCAACUUGAAGUGAAACAGCGAAUGUAAAAUAAAUAAUGAAGAAGAUGAAACUGAUUACUUCGGUCAAACAUAAAAAUAAGCAACAACAACCCUUCUUUCAAAUGAUUCAGAAAGUGCAAUUAAGUAUUUUAAAUAUAAACUAAAAUAAAUAAUAAAGCAUGAUGUUGCUCAAACCACAAAAGCAUAGAAUUAGACUGAAUAGAUCAGCCAGAUGGGAUUGGGCACAUUGUGACCAAAACUCAAUCUAGAUUUUUUUCCCCUCAAUAUCAAGACCAAUAUUUAUAUUAAUAUCGGAUCGGUUAAUCUCCAAUUGGAAAGUGUUUGUUCAAUUUAAAAUUUACAUUUACCAGAUCUCAAUCUGUCUACGUGGAUAGAUAUUUCUCUUUCUUGACAGUUUUUCAAAACAAUUUUCUUAUUGAUCAAAGUAAUGAAAUAUGGCUGAAUACACAGUAGCACCUUGCAGAAUUAGAAUACCACUAAAGUGUAUUUUGUUCAGAAAUUCAAUUCACAAAGAGAAACACAUAUAGUUCUAUUAAAUAUGCAAAGUGAUUUAUUCGAACUGUUGAUUGUGAUGAUUGAGGCCGUCAUAAGAUUUCUUUGAAAAUGGGGCCUGCUGUGGGCCGCGGACGUCAGGGGUUCGACUCCUGGUUCCGGCGACCUUUACCCCAUGUCUUCCCCCCUCUCCUCGCCCUCUUUCCUGUCUGCCUACUGUCGCAAAUUUUUUAAAAAAAUGUAAAAAUACGAGCCACUAGCGCCGCAAAAACUCUUCGGAGGAAAAAAAAAAAGAUUUCUUUGAAAAUAAGAACUUAUUUCAGUUUUCAAAUCGCUUUGACUGCAAGUGACAAUCAUCAGAAUCAACUUCUAGAUAUGCUUAGUUAAUGUUUAUAAUGAGCUUACGCUGUAGAAUUUACUUCAAUAACUGUCAAUGAUAUUCUAAUUUAAUGAGCUGCAUCUGUAGUUAUGAUCCAUUGAGUUCUUCUGCCACUCUCAUUUUGUUUGUUAAUAUUAAUUUGUGUGUCUCAGUUUUGCUAUGCAUUGUUAAAAAGGCAGCCUGGGUGCGAGCAGGAGUUUAAAAACAUGAUUUAAAGAAGGUGACUGCCAUAAUAAAUUAUUAGUAUCAGUAUUAGUCAGUCACUGUGUGGUAAAGACAAAGUCCGUUUGGAAAACCUUAAUCAAAUACAAUGCUCCAAACAUUGGUUUCUCCCAGGAUUUUACUGUGAAAAUCAACACCUGGGUUGGACCAUCCGACAGCAGAAACAUUGAUUGUAGUCAAAAGUCAACAUUUCAGUAUUAAAAAUCUAUUUUUGUGUUUUAUAGGUGGGUUUAGUUAGUUUUAUAAUAACCUCAUUUGUAGUCUGUAGUCAGUCAUCACAAAUCCAGCAUGAAAAUGAUCAUUAAUAUUAAGUGUCUUUCAGUUACUUUUUUACAGGGUUUAAACAUAUUUCCAAAUAAUUGUGUAAAGUUUUAUAAGAAAUCAACUGGAAAAGUUUUACAUUUAGACAUGUUAGAAAUAUGUUCCUGCUUGAAAAUACAGCACAGUAGCACCUAAACAUUAUAAAGGUAUACAUAAAAGGACCAAAGCACAAAAAUACAGCGCUUUUACAAUUACAUCUGUGAUGGAAAAAUUACAUGAAGGUCACAUCUGCUAGUCAUGUUAUAUGAAUGAUUGUGAACUCUCACCAAAAAAACUAUUUGGGUUACAUGUAGAAGGUUGGAAGUUGUUUUCUACAGCUGCAUCAGAACCAGACCUUCUUUUUUGUUUUUUAGAACCAAAUGUUAAAUCUGGGAUAUGUAACUUUUAUAAAGCAUAUGGUUGGUUUUUUUUAAACAUAUUUAUUAAAACCGUCAUUAUGUCGGGACAGUAUGACAGAUAAUGGUUGAAAAUUUUGAUUUCUUUUUUCUCUUACUACACAAAUACACAGCUCUGUCAGAAACAACCAAUUAGAACCAGGAGGCGGGGCUUAGUGCUAUCAAUCACUGUCAUGUACACGCUGCUCACACCUUCCCCCUUGCUCUCUGUCAUGCUAAAGCUUUUCCAUGUCAGCAGAACCUUCUACAAAUGCUCAGCCUAAUUAGCAUGGCCACCAGUGAUGACGUAUAAAAGAUUUUCCUGGAGUGAUAAGUUGCUUCCUCAUCAUUUGCAAAUUGAGUAUCACAUACACGUGGAUGAUUGGCAGACCUUCCUCCUCACUCUGAUUGGUUGUUUUUGACCGGGAGCUGUGCAUUUCUUCAGACAGCAACAGUAGCACUGGGAGAAAGUGGAGGGGCUCAAUCUUUUCACAGAUUACUUGUUUCAUAUUGUACAAAUAUGUAAAAGUUUGGCAAAUGUUAAAUACCCCAUCAUCAAGAGAAAUUAUCUGUGGUAGCAUGUAGUGUUAUUAUUUCACAAACAAAUAUGUUUAUGUUGUGCGUGAUAGAUAAAUAUAGGGACGCAUAUGCACUUACGCUGGAACUACCUCAUUUGCCAUGACCUUUGAAUUUCACCACAUUGAGCCAUUCUGUGUUGUUGAAGGAUUUUUUCUAGAAAACUGAGAAAAACAUCCUUUCUGAAAUGUUGUUUAUAAAUAAAUUUUUCAUGUAUAGUGUAACAUAGCUUGACUAACUAAUGCUGUGUUCUUCAAACAAUGUUGCAAUUUUAUUAGUCUUUAUUAUAAAGAGGUGGUUGAAUUUUUUAGUGUUGGAGUGGAAAAAAGUUUAUUCUUUUAUAAAGCCAAAAAAGAAAAAAAAACAUUUUUUAAUAUCUCAAUCAUUUCUUGUGAUAUUCUCUUUUCUUCUACCAUUUGACGAGUAAUAAGGGCGACUGAAAGAAUUUAAUAAAGCUUUUCUUCAUUGUUAAAUCAUUACUGUGUUGAUAAUUGUUUAUGAAUCCUGCUUAAAAUAUUUUCUUAAUAAACAAUCUUCACAAUUUG